AGCCAGAGCACAUCGAUCUCUGAUCUCUUCCUGAACCAGAACCAGACGCUGCAGACAUGAACUUCCUGAAAAACGCGGUUGGAGGCGAUAAUUUGGGCAAGUUGCCGGGCAGAAAGCGGGUGAGUUUGUGGAGCAAAAGGUGGAUGAGUUCAUGGGUGGAAAAAAAGGACAAGAGCAGCAGCAGAAGCCGCAGCAGCCGCAGCAGCCGCAGAAGCCGCAGCAGCCGCAGAAGCCGCAGAAGCCGCAGCAGCCGCAGCCGCGCAGCAGCCGCAGAAGCCGCAGCAGCCGCAGCAGCCGCAGAAGCCGCAGCAGCAGGAAGGAGAUCAAGGAUGCUUCGGUCUGGGAGACGCGCUGUGAUUGGUUGGCAACAAAGGGCAGGACGGAGAAAACGCAGCUGGAGGUCUGCUGGAUCUGGCUGGAAAUCUAUACAACUAGGAGGCUGGAGGACGGAGCUGCACCACCCUGCAUCCUGCACCACCUGCACCACCUGCAUCACCUGCACCACCUGCACCACCUGCAUCACCUGCACCACCUGCAUCACCUGCACCACCUGCAUCACCUGCACCACCUGCAUCCCUCUCUGCCUCAGAUGUUUCUGAACUCGGCUCCUCUCGUUUCAUCUCUAUUUCUGUUUUAA